AUGCGUACGGUGUUAGUGUUAGCAGCCUUCUUGGCAGCAGCGGCGGCAUUGCCGACUGAAAUACCGGAGCCUGGUCAACUGGCUCUGGUUCUCGGCGAAGAGGACUUUGAAGAUUAUCUCGAUGCCUGGCUGGAGCUUGAACAGUCCAAGUCCGCUAAUGCAUCUAUCGAGGCCGGUCCCCGCAGUGGCUGUACAUUCAGAAUUAAUGGAGAUCUAGGACAGCCUCAGCCAGUGUAUCUCCGCAGCAACAGAUACUUAACUGCCAACGGCAACACUGGUCAGAUCCGCCUCAACACUGGUGAACAAGUCGUGAUCGCUUGUACUGGCUCUGGAAGAUCUAUUCGUCAUCCUAAUAUCGCGGCUACAAGAGAUGUUGCUACAGCAACGUGUGUGAGUAACAAUCUGGUGUCUGGUGCUGGAUGGUUAAAUGGAAAUGGAGCCUUUGGUGGACUCACAUGCUCUUCACACGCCCACCAUGAAGCCCAAGGAACUUCCACUCGAUGCUGGAAUAACAAUAUGGUUAUUCGUGUCGGUUUCAUCGUUAACAACGUUUUCCAUCCGCUGUACUGGUCUUGCUUCAACCAAAAUCGCAUGGAAGUUAUAUACGUCUGGUACGACCAAACCCCUGCAAAUGCUGUCCAUCAAACUGGUGUAGACAGACCUAGCUGGCUAGCUGGAAGUUUCUUCCCUGGUGUUGCUGUCAACACUAUGUACACACAAGCCAACCAGAAGACUGUUGUAACUCGUUACGUCGGAGCCACCUUAGCUGACAGGUAUAUCACCAGCCACCAGUUCAUGGCUCGGGGUCAUCUUGCCGCUAAGAGUGACUACGUUUUCGCUACCGGCCAGCGUGCUACUUUCUACUUCAUCAACGCUGCUCCUCAGUGGCAACCAUUCAAUGCUGGUAACUGGAACUGGCUGGAGCAGAACCUCCGUGCUCGUAUUGGAGCUGCUGGGUACAACACCGUCAUCUACACUGGAACUUUCGGUGUGACCCAGCUACGUGACCAGAACAACCGCUUUGUUGAUAUCUACUUGGUGCCUGAGCGUAACCAAAUCCCAGUACCACUUUAUUUCUACAAGGUUGUCUAUGACUCGUCUCGGCGCAUCGGCACAGCAUUCGUGAGCAUUAACAACCCCUAUUACACGCUUGCGGAGUGCCGCUCUCGUCAGUUCUGCACGGAUCGCUGCCGCAACAACAGCGCGUUCAACUGGCUCCGCUGGCAACCUGACCGCAUCGACCUCGGUUACAGUUUCUGCUGUACCGUUGAUGACUUCAGGAGGACUAUUCCUCAUCUGCCCUCCUUCACCACCAAUGGACUCCUUUCAUAA